ACCAGCUUUCAAUCAAUUUAUGUUUUCAUGUUUGAAACCCUCAAAAUCGUUGAAAUGAAACCCUAAUUCUGUAUAAGAAUCAUAAUCUCUUUCUCAUAUUUUUUUUUACGAUGGCAACCGGACUCCCAGAAGAGAUGAUGAUCAAUAUACUCUUAUGCUUACCGGUGAAAUCUGUCUUAAGAUUCAGGUGUGUAUGCAAGACUUGGCGUGAUUUAUUCAAAAGUCCUGAUUUCACUCGGAUGCACCUUAAUCGUUCUAAGGAAAACAAUCAACUCAAUUUCAUGCUUAGUGAUGGCAAAGAAAUGUACUUCGUACAUAACGAUGAAUCAUCUUUGACAGAAUCGUUUGAUAAAGCUAUACAGGUACAUCACCCAUUGAAAUCUUCUGAAACAAGUGUUCAAAUUUUGGCGUUUUGUGAUGGUUUGUUUUGCUUAGAUAAAGGAUAUUCGAAAACUUCGAUUUGCCUUUGGAACCCAUGUACCGGUGAAUACAAGGAAAUACCAGCACCACCACCACCAAUCAAAUUUCCGAAUCAUUUAUUGGCUCAGACAACGGAGUUUAGGCAGAUGAGAAUCGGUGAACACAGAACCUCUUAUGGAUUUGGUUACGACUGCAACAUCAAGGAUUAUAAGUUGGUGCGAAUUGUGGACCUCAUUAGCCAUGGUUCCGAGGUCCAGGUCUAUACAUUAGGGUCGAAUGCGUGGAGAUCGAUUGCCCAUAUUGCUUAUAACAUUGCAUAUCAAGAACCACAUGGUAUACUUGUUAAUACAACUCUACAUUGGAGUGCACGCAAAUCUUCCACGCAGCUCCAUUCAAUUGUUUCUUUUCAUAUUGAAAGUGAGAGUUUCAAGGAAGUACCGUUACCACGAGCAGAAAAUUUUGAUGAUAAGCACCAGAUUAGUCUGUGUGUUUCUGGAAGAUGUCUUUGCAUACUUACUCAUCAUCAUAAGGUUCGUACUGAUGUAUGGGUGAUGAAGGAAUACGGGGUGGGACAUUCUUGGGCUAAGCUUGUCAGCAUAACUCAACAGACGAUUCUCGACUCAUUUUACUUGAUGCCUGUACUAUUUAUCAAGAAUGAUGUGGUUCUAUUAGAUCAAAAUUACCAUUCUGGUCUACUUUGUAUGACCCAAAACAUGAAGAUGCUAUCAUUGAUUUUGACCUGCAAAUGCUAAGGAUUACACCUUAUGUUGGUUGCUUAGUGUCACUUAAUUCAGGUAUGUAUGUGGGACAAGAAAAAAGAGAGGAAGUAAUUGAACAAAAGCAGAUGCUCAGGAGAAUAAGCAAGAGGCAGCGUUUAUGAGAAGCAAAGAUAUGGUCCAUACGGAAAGGAGAAAAUGCUUUUACAAUGUGGGCGUCGGGAGUUAGGCUGUGUGUUAGUGCACUGCGUACAUGGUUCCAUUUUGAAUGGUGGUGAAAUUAAUGCUUGACACUGCAUCUGCAAUUCGAGUUAGAUUUACUAGCAUUCAUCAUAUGAGAUGUUUCUUUUCCAGUUACUUUCCUCUGUAUCAAAUACUCCAAUGAACCUUUAGUCUUCCUUUUUAAGUAUUAAAGAAUCUGAUCAAUUUUUGUUUUCACAAAUCCUAACUGGAAUGCAAACCCAAAUCAUCAAGCUUCUCCUGCACGUCAUGCCAUGAAAAAGUAGAAAAUUGGAAAAGAGGUUACCUUAUAUUUGCACAUCCUCUUGGCUGGCUUAAAUUCUCCUAUCGUCCUAUGAUAGAUGCGAGGUUCAAGAAAGGUGGAUGGUUGCCUUGUGGUAUUCUGACGAUUAAUAUAUAUAUUUCAAGAAAGGUGGAUGGUUGCCUUGUGGUAUUCUGACGAUUAAUAUCUAUAUUCAGGAUGUUUAUAACUUCGUUUUAGAUAAUUUGGCUGACAAUGACGGAGCGAGGAUUUUUCCAUGAGGCGAAGCUAAAAUAAUUUAACACAAACAUAUACAAUAAUAGAAAGCUACUUAACUUGUACUAGUAAUUUAGAAAAUGUUACACGUUUAUGUUCGAAAUCGAUAAUCGAUAAUAUUGAAAAUUUCCUAUCAAUUUUUUUUUCCA